AUGGGCAAAGACUUAAAAAGAGACAUAACAAUCAACGACGAAUCUGGCAGACCUCUUUUAGCAGCUGAUGUCUUUGGAAUGUCAAUCAAGUUCUUGGUAGAUGACAUGUUGAAUAAUGCUGGCAAGGGUAUAGAUGGCGGAACAAUAGACGUAACAGUGCACGAGACAGGAAGUGAGCACACAUUGAGAGAAAUAAGACCUGCAAGUGGUGGCGAUUGGGGAAGUAUAAUGGUUGACAAAGAAUUUGAAAAUUUGCUUAUACAUAUAGUAGGACGAACAGUUUUUGAAAAAUUCAAACACGAAGAAAAAGAAGAUUGGCUUGACAUGCAACGAGAAUUUGAGUCACGGAAACGAGAGACGACUGUAGACAGUGAAAGUAUAGUAGGGAUGAGAAUACCUGCAUCACUAAUUGAUCUUUACAACAAACACUCACAACGUGACCUCUGUACUUCAUUAGCAUCGUCUCAGUAUGCUGGUCUGAUUGAGCUUAAACGGGAUAAGAUGAAGAUUUCUAACAAAGUCUUUGUUCAAUUAUUCGACGCGUCAGUGACAAAGACGGUUGGUCAUUUGAAGUCAGUGCUAUCCGACGGCUCACUGAAAGACGUGAGAAUUUUGCUGAUGGUUGGUGGUUAUUCUGAAUCACCGGUUUUACAACGUGCCGUGUCAGAAGCAUUGCCGGGAACUGAAGUUCUUAUACCUGCCGGCGCUUCAUCGGUCGUAUUAAGAGGUGCUCUGAUAUAUGGACACAAUCUUUCUUCAAUAAGUGAAAGGAUUCUCAAGUUUACCCACGGCACUGCUUACACACCAUUUUUUAUAGAGGGAAUUCAUCCAAGGAGCAAACGAUUUAAAGAAAAAGACGGUAAUCAGAAGAUUAUGCUGUUUAAAAUCUAUGCUUUAGAGAGAGAUAGAGAAGACCCCGUUUACAUUGAUGAUGAUGAAUGCUUUAAGAUAGGAGAACUAGAGAUAGAGUUUGAUGAGGAAAGUAAUACAAGUAAAAGAAAGGUUUCACUUUCUAUGUUAUUUGGUGGGACGGAAAUCAUGGUUGAGGUAGAAGACAUAUGUACUGGGAAGAAGAAGAUAACUACAAUUGAUUUUCUUGGGUAA